GAUAGCCACGCAAGCCGGGCAAGAGGACAGGCUGGUGUAUGUGGAACUGUCAAAACACGUUAUGACGAUAGAUCUCACAGGUGGCGAUGGGUUGUGAUUUGGUUUCAUGGACAUCUGAUCUACCAAAGUACUGUACACUUCACUUCAAAUAAGUCAAGCUUUUUCCCUUAUAAAUGUAGCAUAUAUGAUAGCUGCGGUUAGUGAUGUAAGAGUGUCAUCAAACUUCAGCAUCCCACGAAGAACACCUACAGCAUGUCCAGCAACAACAAUGUUGUGAUUGAAAUGAAGGGGGAACCCAUAUCCAGCAUGUCAACAACAGCCAAAGGGAUGCUUGCAGCCUUGUUUUAUGGAGUCUGCUCUGUAGGCACAGCAUUUAUCAACAAGGCCCUCAUGACAUCAAUGAAGUUUGACUUCCCAGUAUUCAUCAUGGUUGUGCAGAUGAUGUUCACAAUCAUCCUUUUGGAGACUCUCAGUUUUUGUAGAGUGCUUGACAUACCCAGAUACACUUUGGCCCGAGCCAAGAAGUUUGUUUGGCCAGCAGUAUUCUAUGGAGCUAAUGCAGUGCUUGCUCUUACGGCACUGGCCCACAUGAACAUUGCCAUGUAUGGAGUAAUGAAGCGUUGUGUACCUAUCUCCACCAUGCUUCUUGCUGUCGUAAUCCUCAAGAAAGGCUUUCCGUCCCGUCUGACCCUUGUGGCAGUUGUCAUGCUCUCCAUGGGCUGUGUUGUUGCGGGUUAUGGAGACCUGUUCUUCCACCUGAAUGGCUACUUGUGUGGCAUCUGCAGCAACUUCACACAAGCCAUGUACCUGUUGCUGGUACAGAAGUAUUCUGAGAAGGAGCAGUCGACCGUGGACACGCUGCAGCUCAACAGCUUCAACACCCUACCAUUCCUCAUCGUCGCCUGCAUUGUAAACGGGGAGCUGUCUUCUCUGCCAGAGUACGACCAGUUCAACCAGCCGCUGUUCUACGUGGUGCUGCUGGUGGCUGUGGCUUCUGGGUGCCUGCUCAACUACUCGCUGUUCCUGUGUACGGGCCUCACCUCAGCCCUCACAACCAGUGUGGUAGGAGGUCUUAAGGCCAUGGUGCAGACAAUCAUCGGCCUGUUCACCUUUGGAGGCGUUAGUCAUAACUUAUCAACAUUCAUUGGCAUCUCGAUGAACCUAUCGGGAGGAAUGCUAUACAUUUAUGCCAAGUACAAACAGAACAAGCAGAAAAUAUCAGGGGACUUAAAAAAAGUGAUGAGCUUUUCAUCAUCAGAUGCUUUACAGCAACUGGCCAGUGUGAAACCAGGUCACAGGCAUGUUUCUAAUGGAAAUGUUGCUUAUUACCAGAGUACAGAUGAUAACACUUCUCGCACAGAGUCAUGAUGGCGGUAGUCGACAGAACACCUGACUAAUAUGAAUAAUAUAAUAAUCCCAAGAUCAUUCACUUUAUGCUGAACUGAAAAAGACUUAACAGCUGAGGUAUAUAAGUUAAUAAGUGAAUCGAAGAAAAUAACAAAAUAUCAAUUUGGAAAUGUAAGAUGGGAAAAGAGGUCUGAAAUUUACAUGCAAGUCAAAGCAAUAACAAAUGCUUUGAAAUAUAUGUGUAUCAUAACAAUGAUCAUGAUUAUUGUAGCAAUUAAAAAAAUAGUUAAUUGUUUGUGUUGAACUUCAUGUAAACAGAGAACAUAGAAUACCACUGAUAAAGGUUAAUGUUUUUACAACAGAUGAAAUGCUACAAAAAGGGAAUGGGAAUUUGAAGAAAUUAUAUUUUGGUGAACUUGAUUUGGGAACACUGUAUUAUUCUCACCAAAUAGUUUUCCAAUAUGUGCAUGGUUAUUUUAUAAACAUUUUAAAGGAAUACAUGUGUGCAUUAGAACAAUAACUCAGCAUUACUGGUGUAAGUAAUAUACCAAGAUGAAAUGUGUAUAUGUGCUAGUUUUAAAGAAAUGAUCAUAGGAAGUCCAAAAUGAUUUGAGGAAGUCCAUCAUUUACACUUGCCUGUCUUGUGGCUCAAUAUUUUAGGAGCCGUCUACUCAGACCUACAUUAGUGGCUCUGAAACUAUGCAGUAUGUUGGCAAUGCAAGAGUUUUAUUUUCAAAGGAUUCUAGAUUUUUACUGCGAAUGGCAAGAUUUCUGAAUGAAGAGUUUGUUCAGAGAUGCCAAUAAAGGAUGGUUUGUUGGCAUUGGUGAACCAAAUGAAUAAAAAUAAUUGUGGAAAACUCCCAAA